UUUAAAAUAGGUCUGAAAGUCUGUCUCAUACUUUAAGAAAAUAUUAAUAGGGGCAAAUUUUUUUGAAAAUGUUUAAUGUUGUUAAAUUCAUAUUUCUUCGGGGUGGGGCAGACGAUUAUUUCCGGGUCUAAGAAUGUGCAACCCUCCACAAGAUAUGCAUGAAAAAUGGCAAAUAUCAGGGAAUUUGCUGCCUGUUCAUCGACAUAUCCGCUGAAUGAUGGUAACUUCAUUCCUGUGCUAGGUCUAGGAGUAUACAAAUGUUCCAAGGAUGAUGUAAGGGGGACUGAAAAAGCUGUUAGUGUUGCUUUAAAGAAUGGAUACCCUAUGAUCGAUACAGCAGAGGUUUACGAAAAUGAGGAGGAGGUCGGUAGAGGAAUAAAAGCCUCAGAUGUGAAAAGAGAAGAUGUAUAUGUUGUGACAAAACUUUUGGAUCAAAAUGGUUAUGAUUAUUGCUUGAAGGCAUUUGAUUCAAGUCUUAAACGGCUUAAUAUGGAUUAUGUGGAUCUUUACUUAAUGCAUCGCCCUGUUGGUGAUCAAUUAUUAGAAACUUAUGAUGCAUUCUUAACCCUAAAGAAGAAGGGUUUGGCAAAAUCGAUUGGUGUAUCAAACUUCAAUAUAGCUAUGCUGGAAGGCCUGCGCAAAGCUGGAAAAGAAACACCUGCUGUCAAUCAAAUAGAAAUACAUCCAUACAUGAGAAGGGAUGAGCUGGUGAAAUAUUGUCAUGACCAUAACAUACAUGUAAUGGCAUUCUCACCACUUACAAAAGGCAAAAGAUUGAAAGAACCUGAUAUGAUUACCAUGGCAGAAAAGUAUAAGAAGACAGUACCACAGCUUUUCAUUCGCUGGUCCAUACAAUCAGGCUUUAGUGUUAUUCCAAAAUCUUCCAAUGAAAAGCGUAUCAUUGAAAAUGCUCAAGUAUUUGACUGGAGUAUCAGUGAGGAAGAUAUGGCCUUUUUGAAUUCGCUACCACAAGCCACGUCUAUGAACAAAACUUCCCCUAUUUAUCAUGUUCAUGACAUGACCCCAUCAUGGACGACUUAGGCCUAAGACGUCCAUAAUCCUAGCUAGCUCAUCUGAAUGAAUAAUUUUAUUGAUUGAAAAGCUGUGUAAAUGAAAUGAAAUGAAAAGAAAACAA